GGUUCAUUGGUCCCUUCAAAAAUAACACACCGCAUCAAUCCUGUCACCUACCGUCUCCAGUUGCCCCGCCAUUACCGGAUCUCCUCAUCCUUCCACGUGUCCCUUCUCAAGCCUGUGAGUUACAGCCCUGUCCAUCCUCCAGUUGUGCACCGGCUUAUUCCGUCCAAGCCCUCCUUGAAUCCAAGUGCCUGGGUAGUCCCAUUCUCUAUCUGGUGGGGGGGUACUGUAACGUCUGCUUCCAACUCACACUCUCAAACACAGAUGCCCUGAAUGCAGCUCACUUUGCAUUCCACUUUCCAGCUUACACUCUCAAACACAUUGAUCCCCUGAACACAGCUCACUCAAGUUCCCAAUCACCUGAAUUCUGAUCACCUGUUCACACACCUGUAUGUCAUUCCCACACACUAUUUAGUUCAGUUCAUUGUGAGGUAUUGUUUGUUUUUGUCCACGUUCUAUUCAGAGCUUUGUUUAUUUCCAUAUUAGUCCUCCCGUGUAUCGUAGUUUUUGGCCAUCCCCACUGAUGUUUUUUUUGCCUAUUCCCUGCCUGUACUUUUGCCAGAUUUCCUGUCAUCCACCUCUUUCCUGAUCUCCCGGACUAUGUUAUUAGCCUUUUCCCCUGUCUGUACUGUUACCUUUUUGGAUUCCCUGUGUAUGCCCUUCUGCCUGUCCCUGGACCCAGUUACCUGCAUCCUCCUGUGUAUGACCUUCUGCCUGUCUCUGGACCCUGCUACCUGCCUCCUCCUGUGUAUGACCUUCUGCCUGUCUCUGGACCCUGCUACCUGCCUCCUCCUGUGUAUGACCUUCUGCCUGUCUCUGGACCCUGCUACCUGCCUCCUCCUGUGUAUGACCUUCUGCCUGUCUCUGGACCCUGCUACCUGCCUCCUCCUGUGUAUGACCUUCUGCCUGUCUCUGGACCCUGCUACCUGCCUCCUCCUGUGUAUGACCUUCUGCCUGUCUCUGGACCCUGCUACCUGCAUCCUCCUGUGGUCUCCUGCUGCGCCCUGCGCUUGAAACCAGCACUUUGUCUCCCAUCAUAUUCAUUACAGGUGGACAUGUUUAUUAAUUAGUGUGUGAGAUGUAUAUAUGGUCAGUAGUGUGACGGUUGUGGAGAAAUCCAAUUUGACAUUUACUGAAUUACAUUUUUUUCUUGAAAGGUUUGAAUUCAAAAUGCUAUAGAAAACCUUUCCCAAGUUGUUGUUUAUGCACAUUCCCCUGUAAUUAUUGGGGUCUGAUUUGUCUCCACUCUUGUGGACAGGGGAAAAGUUAAUACCAUAUUGAACAAUUUUAAGCACAGCGUUUUGCAACUCAGGUGUGCUGUUUUUCAGCAUUUCAUUUCUGAUGUUAUCUAGACCACAAGAUUUUAUAGAUUUGAGCUUUUCAUUUAGUUCUUGUUGGGUUAGUGGGCCAUUUUUAAUGGAUUUUGGUUGGUUUUAAUGACUGAUUCAAGGAUGUUCAAAUUUUCUUUCAUUUCUAAUUGUUUCUGUUGUCUUUUUGUGGGAUGUUUUUGUAAAGAUUAUCAAAAUACGUAUUCCAAAUUCCUUCAUCUUGUAUGGCUAAAUCUUGUGGCUUUGUCGUGCUAAAAUUGUUCCACGUGUUUCAGAACUGAUUUUGUUUAAUUGUAAUUGCGUUGUCAAGUGUCUUGUUGGUAUAAUUCGAUGUGUUUCAGUGUAUGUUUCUACGGCUUCAGAGUUUCACAAUUUUCACACCGUAGCUCUGGGUUGUUUUCUAAUUGUUUUACAUUCAUUGUCAAACCAUUUUUCAGAAACAUUUUGUUUUUUGUUUCUGAUGUUGCAUUUCUUUGGUUUUCUCAAAUUUGCUUUUAAUGCUGCUUUUUGGAAUAUGCAAUGGAUGUUUUGAGUAGCCGAAUUGACACCUUCUUUAUUGUUUUGGUAUUGUUUUGGUAUAGAGUUAUUGAAGAACUGUGUAGAGUUCAAUGAAUCUCUCUGCACUGUUUGAUUGAUGGUAGUAAACUUUCUCGAUAGCCUGAGGGACAAUGAAUAUCUGUCUCCACGACACCAUGUUUCCAGUAGGAUUAUGAUGUCCUGUCCCUUGAUGUUUUUAAUCAAUUCUGGAUGUGUUGUUUUAUAACCAAAAUGUGAAGUGUAUAGGCACUGGAUAUUCCAAGAGCUGAUAGUUAAUGAUCUCUUUUAUAAUAAGUGAUAUUCACUUCUUUUUUUCUUUCUCCCCCUUCUUUUUCUCUCCUUUUUGGCUCUCUCCCUUCCUCUCCUUUUUUUCUCUCUCGCGCCCUUCUCUCGCUUUUUCUCAAUCGCUCUCCCUUUUUCUUGCUCUCCCUUUUUCUCUCUUUCUUGCUCUCUCUCUUUUCUCCAUUUUCUCUCUCACUUUGUCUCUCCCCUUUUACUCUCUCUCUCUCCCCUUUUACUCUCUCUCUCUCUCCCCUUUUACUCUCUCUCUCUCCCCUUUUACUCUCUCUCGCUCCCCUUUUUCCCUCCACCCUCUUUUUCUCUCUUCCCUCUUUUUCUCUUUUUUCUGUCUCCUUCCUUUGUCUCUUUUCUCCUCUUUUUACUCCCCUUUUUCUCUCUCGCUCCCUUUUACUCUCUUCCUUUGUCUCUUUUCUCUCCUCCUUUUACUCUCCCCUUUUUCUCUCUCUCCCCUUUUACUCUCUCUCUCGCUCCCCUUUUUCCCUCCACCCUCUUUUUCUCUUCCCUCUUUUUCUCUUUUUUCUGUCUCCUUCCUUUGUCUCUUUUCUCCUCUUUUUACUCCCCUUUUACUCUCUCUCUCCCCUUUUACUCUCUUCCUUUGUCUCUUUUCUCUCCUCCUUUUACUCUCCCCUUUUUCUCUCUCUCCCCUUUUACUCUCUCUCUCGCUCCCCUUUUUCCCUCCACCCUCUUUUUCUCUCUUCCCUCUUUUUCUCUUUUUUCUGUCUCCUUCCUUUGUCUCUUUUCUCUCCUCUUUUUACUCUCCCCUUUUUCUCUCUCGCUCCCUUUUACUCUCUCUCUCCCCUUUUACUCUCUUCAUUUGUCUCUUUUCUCUCCUCUUUUUACUCUCCCCUUUUUCUCUCUCCCUUUUACUCUCUUCCUUUUACUCUCUCCCCUUUUUCUCUCGAUCUCUCUUUCUCUCCUCUCUCUCUCUCUCCCCUUUUUCUCUCUCUCCCGUUAUCUCUCGCUCCUCCCUUUUUCCCCCUCCCUUUUUGUUUCUCCGUUUGUCUCUCUUCCCUCUUUUUCUCUUUUGCUCCUCCCUUUUUGUUUCUCUCUGCCCUUCUCUCUCGUGCCCUUUUUUUCUCUUUCCUUUGUUUCUCCCUUCCUCUCCCUUUUCUCUCUCUCGGUCCUCCAUUUCCCUUUGUCUCCCUCCUUUUUUCUCUCUAUUUUUUUCUCUCUCUCUUCCCAUACUCUCUCUCUAAUUUCUCUCUCUCUCCCCUUUUACUCUCUCUCUCCCUUUCUCUCGCUCCUCCCUUUUUGUUUUUCUCCCCCCUUUUUGUUUCUCUCCCCCCUUUUUUCUCUCUCCCCUCUACUUUUUUCUCUUUUUCUUUUACUCUCUCUCCUUUUACUCUCUUCUCCAUUUUCUCUCUCGCUCCCCUUUUCUCUUGCGCCCCUUAUUUUCUUUCUCUCCAUUUUCUCUCGCGCCCUUUUCCCUCUAUCCUUUUUCUCUGUUCCCUUUGUCUCUUCUUUUACUCUCUCCUCUUUUACUCUCUCCUUUCUUUCUAUAUCUCCUUUUUUCCUCUCCUCUUUCUCUCUCCUCUUUUACUCUCUCUUUUUACUCUCUCCCCCUCUCAUUCUCUCUUUUUUUUAUCUCACUCUUUUACUCUUUCACUCUCUCCCCUUACUCUCUCUCCUUUUACUCUCUCUCUCUCCUCUUUUUCUCUCUCCUCUUUUACUCUCUCUCUCCUCUUUUACUCUCUCUCUCCUCUUACUCAAUUUUUUUUUCAAAUUCAAGCUGCUUUAUUGGCAUGAAAAACAUUGUUGCUUUGGCAAUAUUGACACAAUGUAUACAAUAUACAUUGUAAUAAAAUUAUAAACAAUGACAAAUAAUAAUAUAGAAUGGCAGUAAUUAAUAAUACAAAAUUAAAUAUAAAAAUAGUAACAAUAAAAUGGUAACAGUCAAUAAUGUAAUAAAAAAAUGAAACUAUAACUAACUUAUAACUAAAUAACGGUCAUCUUCACCAUUACAUUGGUACUACAACUACUAUCAUCAUUACCACUACUACCACCACCACCAUCAUUAAACUGCUAUCAUUACCAUUACCACCCAUACCAUUACUACUUGGAAUGAUAAACAACAAUAAUAAUAGUAAUAACAAUAACAGUAAUAACAAUAACAGUCAUAAGUGCUGCUUACUAUGCAGAUGUUAUUAUUCAGUGUCUCAGGCUAUGGCAGGCAAAUACAUAUUUGGCUGCAAGAGGAGCCAUUGCUCCUUCGCCCAUGAGUAUUUUUAGUUUUUCCUCUGGGUUUAAUAAGUUAAAAUUUGGAAUAAAUGUAGACAUUUCUGUGAAUAAUGAAUCUCUUGGUGAGGAAUAUUUAUCACAGUAAAGGAGAAAGUGCAUCUCUGUUUCUACAUCCCCUGUCGUGCAGUGAUCACAUACACGCUCCUCUUUGGGUAGCCAUGUCUUUUUAUGUCUGCCGGUUUCUAUUGCCAAUCGGUGGUCACUCAGCCUGUACUUGGUAAGGAUCUGUCUCUGCUUCGUAUCUCUGACAGAGUAGAGAUAUUCAGCCAAUUCAUAUUCUCUGUUUAGGGUCAGAUAGCAAUUUAGUCGGCUUUGGGAUUUUGUUUCGUUUUUCCAAUGUUGUAUAUAUGAGUCCUUUGAUUGGUUCAUGAUUUUGUUUAUUGGAAUUCUUUCUUUUGAAGCAGUGCUGGUGUCAGCUUGGUUGGUGAGGUCCAACACCAGCUGACUUGAGAGGGCUCGUUUCUGGGCUCAGCUCUUGGGUUUGAAGUGCUUUAAAUUGCAGACUCGAAUUUGGACUUGAAUUUAGAUGUAGCCAAAAUUUUAAUGAUCUUUUCUGUAUUUUCAUUAUUACUGGAAAGCGGCCCAAUUCUGCCCUACAUGCAUUAGUUGGUGUAUUUCUCUGGACUUGUAGGAUUUUCCGACAGAAUUCUGCAUGUAGGGCUUCAAUUGGAUGUUUGUCCCACAUUUUAAAGUCCAGUUUAUUGAGUGGCCCCCAAACCUCACUUCCGUAAAGAGCUAUUGGUAGGAUUACACUGUCAAAUAUUUUGGUCCAAAUUCUAAUUGGGAUGUUGAUUUUGAAUAAUUUCAUUUUUAUUGCAUACAAUGCUCUGCGGGCUUUUUCUUUGAGUGCAUUCACUGCCCUAUUAAAGUUUCCCGAUGCAGAUAUGGUCAGACCAAGGUAGGUGUAAUUUUUUGUGUGUUCAAUGAUGGUGUUGUUCAGGGUGAAUUUAUAUUUGUGUUUCUGACAUCUGUUUUGUUUUUGGAAAAUCAUGAUUUUAGUUUUUGGGAAAUUUACUGCCAGGGCCCAAUUAUGGCAAUAUUGCUCUAGAAUAUUAAUGUUCUGUUGAAGACCUUCUUUGGUUGGUGAUAGAAGUACCAAGUCAUCAGCAUAUAGCAGGUAUUUCACCUCUGUGUCAAAUAGUGUGAGUCCUGGGGCUGGAGAAUUGUCCAACAUGUCUGCUAAUUCAUUGAUAUAAAUGUUGAAAAGAUUUGGACUCAAACUACAGCCUUGUCUCACACCUCGACAUUGUGAAAAGAAUUCUGUUCUUUGGUUUUUGAUUUUUAUUGCACACUUGUUUUCUGUGUACAUACAUUUUAUUAAGUCAUACACCUUACCACCAAGCCCACUUUGGAGAAUUUUGUAGAAUAGCCCUUCGUGCCAAAUAGAAUCAAAUGCUUUUUUAAAGUCAAUAAAGCAAGCAAAGAUUUUGCCCUCUUUUUUUUGGGUGGACGUGUUUAUUAAUUAGUGUGUGUAAGGUGUAUAUAUGGUCAGUAGUGCGAUGGUUAGGGAGAAAGCCAAUUUGACAUUUAGUUAUUACAUUUUUUUUCUUGAAGAAAGGUUUGAAUUCUUGAAUUCAAAAUGCUACAGAAAACCUUUCCCAAGUUACUGUUUACACAAAUUCCCCUGUAAUUAUUGGGGUCUGAUUUGUCUCCACUUUUGUGGAUAGGGGAGAUGAGCCCCUGGUUCCAGACAUCAGGGAAGCAGCCAGAAGUUAAAACCAUGUUGAACAAUUUAAGCACAGCAUUUUGCAACUCAGGUGUGCUGUUUUUCAGCAUUUCAUUUCUGAUGUUGUCUAGACCACAAGCCUUCUUUGAUUUAAUAGAUUUGAGCUUUUCAUUUAGUUCUUGUAGGGUUAUUGGGUAAUCUAAUGGAUUUUGGUUGUUUUUAAUGACUGAUUCAAGGAUGUUCAAUUUUUCUUUAAUUUCUAAUUGGUUCUGUUUUAAGUCUUUUUGUGGGAUGUUUUUGUAUAGAUUAUCAAAAUAAGUUUUCCAAAUUCCUACAUCUUGUAUGGCUAAAUCUUGUGGCUUUGUUGUGCUUAAAUUGUUCCACAUGUCCCAGAACUGAUUUUGGUCAAUUGCGUUUUCAAUUUCAUCAAGUGUCUUGUUGGUAUAAUUCAGUUUCUUGCGUUUCAGUGUAUGUUUAUACUGUUUCAGAGUUUCCAAGUAUUCAUAUCGUAGCUCUGGGUUGUUUUGCUGCUUAUGUUUUUUGUUUGACAUUUGUCUUAGGUGUUUUCUAAUUGUUUUACAUUCAUUAUCAAACCAUUUGUCAGAAACAUUUUGUUUUUUGUUUCUGAUGUUGCAUUUCUUUGGUUUUCUCAAAUUUGCUUUCGAUGCUGCUUUUUGGAAUACUCAGUUGAUGUUUAGAGUAGCCGAAUUGACACCAUCUUUAUUGUUUUGGUAUUGUGAGUUAUUGAAAAACUGUAUAGAGUUCAUCAUUUCAUUUGAGUUCAAUGUUUCAAUGAAUCUCUCUGCACUGUUUGGAGCCCAUCUGUACGAUUGGUUUAUGUUGUAGAGUUUAUUGGGCAGUUUUUUUGAAUGAAUAUUGCCGGUUAAUUUCUUCAAAAACACGUUGAUCUGACUGUGAUCUGACAAUAGUGUCUGUGGUCUGACAGUGAAUGCACUAAUGGAGGAGGGGUCAAUGUCCGUGAUGGCAUAAUCGACUACACUUGUCCCAAGAGCUGAGCAGUAAGUAAACUGACCUAAAGAGUCCCCUCUGAUUCUACCAUUAAGCAUGUACAGGCCUAAGGCUCGACAGAGAUGCACUAACUCCUUCCCAUACUCUCUCUCUCUCUCUCUUUCUCUCUCUCUUACUCUCUCUUACUUUCUCUCUCUCUUACUCUCUCUUACUCUCUCUCUCUCUUACUCUCUCGCUCCUCUUUUACUCUCUCUCGCUCCUCUUUUACUCUUUCUCGCUCCUCUUUUACUCUCUCUCUCUCUUACUCUCUCGCUCCUCUUUUACUCUCUCUCGCUCCUCUUUUACUCUCUCUCCUCUUUUACUCUCUCGCUCCUCUUUUACUCUCUCCUCUUUUACUCUCUCCCCUUACUCUCUCGCCCUUCUUUCUCUCUCGCUCCCGUCUCCCUUUUGCUCUCUCUGUUUCUCUUUGCAUUGUCUCUCUUUUACUCUUUCUCCCUAUCUCUUUUUCCCCUCUCCUCUUUUUCUCCCUACCCUCUUUUUCUUUCUGUCUCUCUAUUCUCUCCGCCUUUUUUCCCUCUCUCCCCAGUCUGUUUUCUCUCGCUCUUUCGCUCCCUUUUUCUCUUUCUAUGGACGCAAUAGCGCUAUGUGGCCACCAGAUGGAGGAAUUGGAACAAAAUUAACAUGAAGUCACUGCCAUUAUCGGACAAUUUCCAAUGGGAUUUAAAAAAAAUUUUUUUUUAAUUUAUGGGUAAUAAUAGGAGGAAGAUGGAUGGCCCCCCCAAAACAUUAUAUAUAGGGGUAAAAGGGGUCAAAAUAAGGAACGCUUCACGAAUUUGCGUGUCAUCCUUGCGCAGGGGCCAUGCUAAUCUUCUCUGUAUCGUUCCAAUUUUAGUAUAUGUGCUGCCGAAGCGAGCACAAUACAGACAUAGGAGAGGCCCUCAUAUAUAGAGCACAACCCCCCUGACGUUUCGGGUCCUGGUUGGGGUCAAACAGACCUUCAGAGGCUCAACAACCACCCUGAGAAGAUUUCCACAGGAUAUUGUAUAGACAUGAACCUGGUAGAGAUAAUAAUGGCCACCUUGUGUGUUGUAAUGUUCUAGCCUCUGCCUCAGAGAGUUGCAAUGUAUGCUGGGUGAUAUGCGAGUACACUGUCCCAUCUAGGACGUUGAUAGGGUAGAACAUAACGACACGUAGCAAAAGCCCUCCCACAAAACUCCACCCACUCACUGAAACCCGACACGCUCUGGGGCUGCAUUCACAAAAGGUCCUCACACACAGACGUAGCAGGAAAUGUGAAGCCUACGAGAGAGAAACCCUAACAUGAGAAAAGAGGGAAGAAAGAAAGGAUAAAGGGAAAAAGAGAGACAUAAAGAAGGGGGAGAGAGAAAGAGUCAUAAUGGAGAUAUAAAGAGAAGAGACAGAGAGGAAGUGAGAAAGUAAAAGGGGAGAGAGAGUAAAAAGAUAGAGGGAAAAGGGAAGCGAGGGAGAAAGAAAAUAAGAAGGGCGCAUUAGAGAGAGAAAAAAGGGGGGGAGAGACAGAAAGAGUCAAAAAGGAGAGAUAACGAGAGAGAGAAACCCUAACAUGGGGAUUUUAAAAUCGUCUACCUUAUGUGAAAAUGUGCUAUUUGGUAUACAGUGAAGUCAGCCAAACCAAAGAGAGAGAGAGAGAGAAAGGAGAGAGAGAGAGACUACAUAAUUUCCUUGACGAACACAACGUCCUGAGCGGAAGCCAGAUUGGAUUUCUAAAAAAUUAUCGUACAACAGACCACAUUUACACCCUCCACACUCUAAUUGAUAAACAAGUUAACCAAAACAAAGGCAAAAUCUACUCGUGUUUUGUAGAUUUCAAGAAAGCAUUUGAUUAAAUUUGGCACAAAGGUCUUUUUUUUAUAAACUAAUAGAAAGUGGUAUUGGAGGGAAAACAUAUGAUUUUAUUAAAUCAAUGUACACUAUAAACAAAUAUGCGGUUAAAAUUGGCAACAAGCAAACAGACUUCUUCUCUCAGGGGCGUGGAGUGAAACAGGGCUGCCCAAUAAGUCCAACAUUAUUUAACAUCUACAUUAAUGAAUUGGCAAAAACAUUAGAAGAAUCGGCAGCACCUGGUAUCACCCUACACAACACUGAAAUCAAGUGUCUGCUGUACGCAGGUGACCUGGUGCUGCUGUCUCCCACUAAAUAGGGGUUACAGCAGCACCUAGAUCGUCUUCACAGGUUCUGUCAGACCUGGGCUCUGACCGUUAACCUAAAAAACCCAAAUAUAAUGAUAUUCCAAAAAAGGUCCGGAAAUAAGGAUGACAAAUAUAAAUUCUAUUUGGACACAGUUCUAUUAGAACACACCAAAAACUACACAUAUCUAGGACUAAAUAUCAGCAACACAGGUAGCUUUCACAUGGCUGUGAAUGAGCUGAGAGACAAAGCAAGAAGAGCAUUCUAUGCCAUUAAAAGGAACAUCAGAAUUGAAAUUCCAAUUAGAAUCUGGCUAAAAAAAAUUCAAUCAGUUAUAGAACCAAUUGCUCUAUAUGGCAGUGAAGUAUGGGGUCCACUCUCUAAUAAUGAAUUUACUAAAUGGGACAAACAGCCAAUUGAAAUAUUGCAUGCAGAGUUUUGCAAGACUGUAUUGCAAGUACAAAGAAAAACUCCAAUUAACGCAUGUAGGGUAGAAUUGGGCCAAUAACCCCUCCUCAUUCGAAUAGAAAAAAGAGCCAUCAAAUUUUACAACCAUCUAAAAACAAGUGACCCUAAAACAUUCCAUCACACAGCUCUACAAUGUCAAGAGAUGAAACCAGAGAAGAGUCCCCUCAGCCAGCUGGUUCUGAGGCUCAGUUCACCAACCCAAACCAACCCCAUAGAGCCUCGGGACAGCCCUCAGAAAAUCUGGCCCAACCAAAUCAUCACAAAACAAAAAGAAAAAUAUAUCACCUAUUGGAAAGACACCACAAAAAAUCAAAGUAAACUUCAAUGCUAUUUGGCUCUAAACAGACAGUCUGCCACCAUGUACUAUCUGACCACUGUGACUGAUAGAAAACUGAGGAAAACAUUGACUAGGUACAGACUCAGUGAGCACAGUCUGGCUAUAGAGACCGGUCGUCACAGACAAACCUGGCUGCCCAGAGAGGACAGGCUGUGCUCACUCUGCUCCAGGGGAGAGGUAGAGACAGAGGUGCAUUUCCUAUUACACUGUGACAAAUACUCAGACCUAAGAGCAUAUUUCUUUCCCAAAAUGAUAAUUCAAUACAAAGAAUUUGAAACUAUAAAAGAUUAAGAAAAAAUCAAAUAUUUAUUGGGUGAAAAGCCAAAAUGUGCAAUUUUGGCAGUCAAAUAUGUGUCCUCCUGCCACAACCUGAGGGACAGCCAGUGAAAAGUGCAAAGUAAUGUUGAUAAUAUUUCCCAUUUAGCUUAGUUUUGUUUUGUCUUUCAUACCAGGGGCCUGUUGCACAAAAGUAGAAUUAAGACAUCCGGGAUAAAUGACUCAGCUGAGCUCAAUGAAGCCAAAACAUGUGCGUCCAGGCUUAAUUGGUUGCACAAAGACCAAGCCAGGAUGAGCAGACACGGAUUCAUUAAGCCAGGUGAAACCAAUCCUGGAUAGGUGCGCGCUCACGGCUCACUCAAAUAGACCCCGCCACAGAUCACAGAUUAACUGAUUUACCAUGGCAACUAGAGCCGUGUACUUUUCCCCGUCGGAAGCACAAAUCCUCAUGGAGGCAUACGAGGAGGUAAAAGAUAUAAUUAAGAAGAAAGGCAACACCGCCACAGUGAUAAAGCAAAGAGAAAAAGCGUGGCAAAGUAUUGCAGACCGCCUGAAUGUGUAAGUAGUGCACAAUUACACAGUCACCGCUCCGCUGAAACAUCACAAUUACAAUUCAAAUAUUUAAUUCACAUCUCCAAAAAUGCAGUUGUACUGUAAUUAUGAAACGGUUAAAUUUUUAAUUGAAAUGCACUGCAGAUAUGAGUGAAAUUGUGUAAAGUAACUCCAUCACACUGUAUAAAGCUAUGAUACAUUUUUUGAUAUUUUUACUGAAAACAAGACAAAAAUACCAAGUAAUUUUUUGCAGUGUGACUCCAUUAAAUGUGUGUGUGUGUGUGUGUGUGUGUGUAGAUGAAACAUGAACGGGCCAAAACGGACAUGGCAACAGGUCAAAAUCAAAUACAAGAACAUUCUGCAGAAUGCAGUGAAAAAGAAUACCCACAGACAAGGCACGGGUGGUGGGUCACCAAAGGCUGACCUUACCCCAGCAGAGGACAUGGCCUUGGAGCUAAAUAAAGGCAGGCCCGUCUUAGAGGGGAUCCCUGGGGGGAAAGAGACGAGCAUAGGUUCCUCCCAAGAUGCCACCCACUUCAUUCAAGUGUCUGGCAGCACUGUUCCUGUUAGAGCCACCAGCACAAGCACCAGACGAUGCUGAUCCAGGUGAAGGCCCCAGUGCAGCAGCAACAGCACAGGAGACGAUGAUGAGGAGGAGACCAUCUCUCUGGAUUCCAGAAGGCAUGAGGACCCAGAUGCUAUACAGUGGGAAAACCAGCCUGGCAACAUAAGCUCACAAGCUAUCAGAAAGUUGUAUGGCAACCACCUCCGGCGCCAAAUAGAACUGGCAGACAUAGACAUUCAGUACAAGAAGAAAAAGAUGGAAAAUCUUGCACUGGAGUCUGAAAUAAAAAAGAGGACAAUUAGGAAACUGGACCUUGAAAUAAAAAAACUUGAGAGGGAGCUCCAAGAAGAUGACACAGCUCAAAAUAAAAAUUUGGUAUAUUCUCGUAAAGUCAAGUGAGCCAUGACAUAUGAGCUCUUAUUGUGAGCACACAGGACGGUGGCAUCUUUCUAAGGUUUUUUUUAUUUUCCCAGCAAUCAGUACAACCAAGUCAUCGUUAUAAGGCAUCGCCCUCUUUUGCCCACCCCCCCAGCACCAGGUGUGGCCACUAGCCUAUAUGAAGGCCCAAAAUUGUGUGUUCCUUUCUGCUCUGACAAUGGCAUGCCCAUUCGUGCGAGAUGUGGUGGAUGAAGAAGCACUUGUGCUGAGGAGAGCCUUCAGGCGAGAAAGGGUCUUCAGGGACCGGUUGGACCCACUGGCCUUCCCUGAUGACCAUCUAUAUGAAAGAUACAGGUUUUCUGCAGAUGGCAUCAGGUAUCUAUGCAGACUACUGGGUCCCAGGAUUAAGCACCGCACUGCACGGAGCCAUGCACUGAGUGUGGAGCAAAUGGUUUGUGUGGCCUUGCGCUUUUUUGCUAGUGGAGCCUUCCUGUACUCAGUGGGGGAUGCAGAACAGCUGAACAAGGCCACAAUUUGCCGCACAAUAAGGAGUGUGUGUCUGGCUAUCAAAGCAUUAGCAGAUGUCUUCAUCUCCUUCCCUGGCCACAGAAGACUCUGUGACAUCAAAGAGGAGUUCUAUAGGAUUGCAGAUGGUCUGCAAUGCUGACUGUGUGAUCAGCAAUGUUGUGGCAAAAUGGCCUGGCUCAGUCCAUGACUCCAGAAUCUUUCGGGCCUCUGAAAUCUAUCACAAGGUGAAUUCUCUGGUGUGUUGCUGGGAGACAGGGGGUAUGGCUGCCAGCCUUUUCUCCUGACACCUUUCACAGACCCCCAGGAAGCACAGCAGGCCUACAACCAUGCCCAUGCCAGGACCAGGGCCAGAGUUGAAAUGACCUUUGGCCUCCUGAAGGCACGCUUUCACUGCCUUCACAAAUUAAGGGUCAGCCCUGUUAGGGCAUGUGAUAUUAUUGUGGCUUGUGCUGUCCUCCACAAUGUGGCCUGCCUGAGGAAGGAGAGGGCCCCCAGAGUGCCACCAGCCAUGGACUGGGACAAUCCGUCAAUCUUCCCUGAUGACGACAGUGGUCGGCUGCUGAGGGACCAAUAUGUGUUGAAUUAUUUUAGUUAGUAUGUGUGCUUUCAAUUUUGGUUAAAUAUGUCCUGCGGUGGCAGAGGAAUUUGGUUUUUUUUUUUGGGUUCGUUUUUUUACGAAUUUGGCCUCUUAUGAUGUUUGUGCGGUAUACUGUGUGUAAUACAAGGCUGCAGGGAGGCUACUGCAUCCAUUCAUUUGUCUGUUCAGUUGAUGUGUAUGGAUUUGUCCUGCAUUUAUUUUAGUGUGCAGACAUGCAGGGUGUGUUAUAUACAGACCUUUGAAUGUGUAUGUAUCAUUUUGUAUAAUAUGCUUGGAUUCUGUGCUUUCCAUCUUGUAGAGUCACUGUGACUUCAGUUUCGAAAGGAGCUGAUGGUUUACCUGCUUUGUUUUGUCCUUAUUCAAUAAAGGAACAUAAUGUUACACAUUGUGUUUUUAUAUUCAUAUGGAAUGUGUAUUUGUUUAUAUGACAGAGUACUAGGGCCACACUGAAGAAAAAGGAUAAAGUCAUAAAUUUGAGGCUGGUUCUUUCUGCAGAAAAGCUACAUAUUGUUUUUACAGUUUUGAUACUUAUGACAAUGUGAUACUUAAUAUUCUGGCACAUCAGCAUGUCUUUGUUUAUGAAACCAUACUGAAGUACAAUUUCACGAAAUGCCCCACAUCUGUCAUUUUAACAACUGUCCUCCUUUAAAACAACUGGUUACAAUAUUAUUACUUGUGUUUUUUUCCCCUCUGUGGCCCUAAUAUUCUAUCAUUUUAUAUAUAGCCUUAUAGUCUAUGGGAAACUGUAAAUUAUCUAAUGAUGGCAACAUCAUCUAAAAAUUCUUUUUUAUCCAAAAUCAUUGAAAUUAAUGAUCACAAACAUUUAAAUAAUGACAGUGGGUCUAGUUAUACGUGAUAACAAUGUAUAGUGAGCAGUGAAAUAACUAUUGGUUUCCAUUUGUGGUGACUGCUGACUGACAUUAGGAAUGAGAUUAAAUAGAUCCUGGAAUUUAGCCUGGUCUGGAGCAGGCUAGCUCCACAGAAUAAAUCUCCAUGGUAAUUUAUACCAUAACAUAUCCUCCUGCCCCCUAUCCAUCUUUAGUGCAACCGGAUUACGGAUCAAUUGAGCCAGGAUCACCAAGAUAUCCUGGCUUAAUCCCUUAUCCUAGUUUUGUGUAACAGGCCCCGGGUCAUAUGUCUUCUCAGUCAUGUUGACACUGGUCUACUACCAUUGCUUUAAUGUAUUGUUGUUCUGAUUAAUAUUGUUGUUGUUAAUGGUAAUCCCAUGUCCACUACUACUAUUAUUAUUGCUGUUGG